CUCUAGGACGACAUACAUUUUGAAAGAGGAGUAUUUAAUAUUUUUAUCCGGAUGUAAAGUGAAAGCAGAUAAGAGACAACACAUUCAAAGCUAAAUCCAAAGAUGGGGAAUACACAGAGUGUCCUUGAGAAGAAAGGAUACACUAUCCUGAGGAAGGUAGAGAAUGGUGUCAUUGCUACUGACAAAGAUGGGGACCAGUUUGUCAUUAAAGAGAUCAAACUGAAUGAGACCUCAGUCAUGAACUCCAGUGCUGGAGACAUAAUCGAUGAGGUUGAAACUCUCCUGCAGAUUAAUCACCCCCAUAUUUCAAGCCACAAGAACUCUUUCCAAGAUUAUGAAAGUUACUAUGUAGUGAUGGACCAUUGGGACAGCGGAAAUCUCGCACAGAAGAUCAAAGAGGGGAACCCAUUUUCAGAAGAACAGAUCAUGGACUGGUUUGUCAAGAUCUGCAUGGCCCUGAAGCAUGUCCAUGGCCUGGGCCUUCUUCACAGAGACCUGAGACCACAGAAUAUAUUCCUCACAAAAUUUGGGACACUUUGUUUGGGAGAUUUCGGAAUUGUCAAUGAAAAUGCUUCCCGAUCUGGAUCUUCCGACGAUGGAAUGGUGGGUUAUUUAGGCCCAGAGAUUCUGACUGGUGGAAUUUAUGACACUAAAAGUGAUAUUUGGUCCUUGGGAUGUGUGCUGUAUGAGUUGUGUAUGCUUCAGGGUGCAUUCACUGCAGCAAGCACAAUCAAGCUCAUUCCCAAAAUACUGGGGGGUCCUUACCCAUCUCUCCCAGAAAGUUUCUCACCUGAGCUCCAUCAACUACUGUGUGACAUCUUCCAACGAGAACCGACCAGUAGACCUUCAGCUGGUGAAAUCCUGGAAAAACCCUUCAUUAUUAGUUUCCUCACAAAGAAGAAUGAAAAAACUGUGGAGGAGCUCCAGAUAAACUUGAACAAUCUGAGAACUAUGGCAAAUGGCUUGGAGAGUGUGCACCAGGGCACCACCAUAGGCAGUCUGACUGGAGGUGUUAUUGGUGCAGCUGGAGGAAUCACUUCCAUAGUAGGCCUCAUCCUGGCUCCCUUCACUCUGGGCACCUCCCUGAUCGUCACAGGAGUGGGUAUUGGGGUGGCUGUCACUGGUGGAGCCACAGCCGGAGUAUCCAACAUCACCAACAUGGUCAAUCAGUCUACCGACCGCAAAGCCAUCAAGAACAUCAUCAAGGAGUUCCAGGAGAAGAUGAACUCUGUGGUGACAUCUCUACAAAACAUCGCUGAGGGUUUGGAGACACCGAGGAUGAGUGUCUCCUUUACCACAGAAAGAGGCAGUUUAAAUGCAGAGAAGCUAGCAAAUGCUGGGGCGAGGGUUGGGAGGGGCCUAGGGAGCAUCCCAGAGCUUGUCCGAUUGGUCCAAGUGGCCUCCAUUGGCAAGGUGGCAGCUAAAACUGCAAGGGCAGUGCGUGUUCUAGAGAUGGCAACAGGAAUAUUCUCUGCUUUCUUUGUAGCAGUUGAUAUCUUCUUCAUCGCCAUGGAUGCAAAAGAGAUCCUAAACAUACGACAGGCGAAGUCUGAGAAACAGUCUAGUGAUAGCAGUAAGUUACCCUUGAUGGACACAGACUCCAUGACUAAGCUGAACCCUGAAUGUGAAGAACCAAAGGCUGAGGUCAAGUCAGAGACCAUGAAGUUCAUCCAGACGAUCAGACAGACAGCUGAUCAGCUACAGAAGAGCCUGGACGAACUGAGUGACGUCAUCUCAUUCAUUCCUAAGAUAGAGGACUGUAACUUAGACAACUGAAACUAUACUCAGUUGUAGUGAUUGUAAAAGAUGCAGAAACAAGAAAUAGAGCAGAUUGAGUCAUUCAUUGAUACACAACUUCUCUGUAAAACACAGGUAUAGACAGUGUGACUGACACCCUGAUAGGCCUUCAGGUUUUAAUCGUGAGCAAAAUCCCUUUUCUGUUCUUCAAUUCUUGCAAAAAUCAGCUAUGAUAAGUAGGUUGUAGAAACAUAAGUAUACAGUAUAUCUCAGCUUUAGUACUGAAGCACUUUCCUUUCAGGUUAUUACAGUUGACAUGAUAUGAUCUGUACAUUUUCUUUUUACAUAAAAUUAUAUCAGGUGUAUUACACAUCUACAAAAGUGUCAGUUGUUUCAAUAUAAUACUAGCCUACAUGAAGUGGUGAUGGUGGUUGUAUAAAAGUGUAAUUGUUGCAAUAAAAGAUUUAGUAAUUUUUAUGAAAUUAUCCUGGGUAAACAUGAAUAUUAUAAAAUCAUAAUCUAUAAAUGUCUGCUUACAAAAAUAAAAAGG